UCUCUCUAAUCGGAUGAGGAUCACUUUCUGCUUUGUUCCCCCUGCAUGUGCAGUAACUGUGCAAACAUUAAAGAUCGCAGUUUGGAAAGGAAGUGCCUGUAACUGGAGAACACUCCUCCUCAUCCAGCUCAUUGGAGAAGCCUGGGCUCUCUCUCCCUCCAUGUAUCUCUGGGUUACAUCUGUUUGAGUUUCCUUAUUUCUGCGUAGAAGUUUUCUUGAUCCUCUACUUGCGGCAUGGAGCAAGCCUAUGGAGAAGUAAACCAGCUCGGAGGGGUGUUUGUCAACGGAAGACCUCUACCCAAUGCCAUCAGGCUGAGGAUAGUGGAGCUGGCCCAGCUGGGGAUAAGACCUUGUGAUAUUAGCAGGCAGCUACGAGUUUCCCAUGGAUGUGUGAGUAAAAUCCUGGCCAGGUACAACGAAACAGGCUCCAUCCUACCCGGGGCAAUCGGAGGGAGCAAGCCCAGAGUCACCACUCCUAACGUGGUGAAGCAUAUCAGGGAGUACAAACAAGGAGACCCGGGCAUCUUCGCAUGGGAGAUCAGGGACCGGCUGCUGGCUGACAACGUCUGCGAUAAGUACAAUGUUCCGUCUGUCAGCUCCAUCAGUAGGAUAUUGAGGAAUAAAAUCGGGAACCUGUCUCAGCCUAGCCAAUAUGAAAGCUCCAAGCAGUCAUCGCAGCCGACUUUACCGUAUAAUCACAUUUAUCAAUACCCCUACCCAAACCCAAUAUCACCUGGUUCGACCAAAAUGGGAAGUCAUCACCCAGGAGUGCAUAUGCCAACGGGACAUGUCAGCAUUGCGAGGUCCUGGCCGUCAGCUCACUCUGUCAACAACAUCUUAGGUAUACGCACCUUUAUGGAACAAACAGGCGCGAUUGCUGGCGCAGACUGUUCCGUAUAUUCCCCCAAAAUGGAAGAGUGGACCAGCGUUAACAGGACAGGAUUUCCUUCCAAUCAGAACAUCAACGGGAUAGAGAAGUCUGCAGUAGACUCUGACAUCAAAUACGCACAGCCUGCCUCAAGUCUUUCCACUGUGGGUAGCUUUGUUCAAGCCUGCACCUACCCUUCUACCAACCAGUACGGGGUAUAUGGGGGACCAGGAGCUGGAUAUGUUACCCCAGGACACCACUGGCAGACACAAGGCAGCCCCCUGGCUCAUCACGGUCCAAGCGUGACUGUACAUGGAGGAGACAUUACAGCCCCUAUGACAUUCAAGCACCAAGUCAGGGAAGUUAUGAACAGAAAGCAAAUCAAUCCCAUCAUUAAACAUCACGAUGCCUUGAACAGUGUACAUGGACUAUCAAUUCCAGCCUCAUCCACUUAACAACACUUAACAAUUCACUGAAUCUAUAGACUUCAUGGUGGCUACAGAAAACAGGUCAGGCACAAACUCUGAAACUAAAUGUGGUUCCUAUGGUGGCAAGAAGGUUGACUGUAGGAAAAGUCCACAAUGUCAACGACUAAAACUUUUUCACAGAGGACUAACAAAAGCGGAGCAAGGUGAGGAACGAUGUGGAGAUUGGAUGAACUGUUUACCUUGGAAAAAUGAGGCUAAUGCUGAAAGCCCUUCUCUCCACCCAGUUAUUUGCUGUCUCCUCUCGUCUUCCCUCACAUCUCAUUGUAUUCCCCUCUCAUCAAUGUCUACUAGUUUACAAUCUGCAUUGGAAAGAGGAUUUUUUUUCUGGCUGGUUCUAGACACUGAUUUUUAAUGCUUGUUAGGGGGAUAUUUCAAAUUUUUCCAAAUGGUUGGAAUAAACUGUAUGAUGUGAAGCAAUCUUUGUGAGUGUAUUGUAUAUCCUAGAUUGUAAAUGUACAAAAUAAAUAACAGCAUUUUAUUUUAUAUUUUUAUAAACAUAAAUAUCAUAAAUAAAUGGAA